UGCAUCAAUGAGACACGGUGGUGCAUCGCUUCAGCGCCCAGACUCCACUCGUAGGCAACAACGUAGCAGCCGGACCGUUGGACAAGCAUGGCGCUGGUGACCUGGAGCUGGGUGCUGGACGGGCUGCUGUUGCUGCUGCCGCUGCUCUACUGGUACACGACGCGCCACUACUCUCUCUGGAAGAGGCUCGGGGUGCCCUACGUGAAGCCGAAGCUGGUCGUCGGAAACAUGGGCGGCGUCGUGACCGGCCGCCAGCACAUGGGGGAGCCCAUAUACGAGUGCUACCUGCGGGCAGGGGACGAGCCCUUCAUGGGAAUGUUCGCCUUCGAUCAGCCGCUCCUGAUGGUCAAGGACCCCGAACUCGUGGGCCGUGUCUUGGCCUCGGAUUUUUCCUCCUUCUACCGGCUAAAUUUUACCCUCCCAGAAUCAGAGGAAUCUCUGGGUGGACGGUCAAUCUUCUCCACCAAUGGUCCAAGGUGGAAGAUGUUACGUAAUGUAUUGACGCCAGGUUUCACUUCCGGCAAGAUGAAGCGCAUGUUCAAUCUGGUCGAAGAGUGUGGACAAGAAUUGGUUGAGCACCUGACAGCUGCUACGAAAAAAGACAGCAACGUGGAUGUGCAGGACCUUAUGGUGUGCUACACGACUGACGUCGUUUGUUCGACGUUUCUGGGCGUGAAGGGCGGCGCCCUGCAAGACCCUAAGGCUCCCAUGCGGCAGAGCCUGACUAGGAUGCUUCGAGACGACUUGGUGGGCCGUCUGGCUCAGUCUAUGAGCUUCCUGGCGCCUAAGCUGUUCGAGAAACUGAACGUCAACAUCUUCAAUAAAGAACUCGAGGAUUUCCUUUCCAAGACCACUCAAGAGACAAUGGACUACCGCAAGAAAAACGGCGUUGUGCGAGAAGACAGCAUCGACCUGUUGAUGCGCGUCCUUGACGAGUCGAAGCGCAUGGUGGACGAGACUGGUCAGGAAUUCAAAUUCGACCAGAGGGACGUUGUGGCGCAGGUGCUGAGCUUCCUAUCGGCGGGCUUCGAGACCUCCGCCUCGACCAUGAUGUUCACACUAUACGAGCUGGCCCUGAACCAGGAGCUGCAGCAGCGCAUCCGCCAGCAGGUGAAGGAGGUGGCCGCCAAGCAUGGCGGCAUCACGUAUGAAGCGAUCGCGGAGAUGACCGACCUCAUAAACACCGUCAACGAGGCCCUCCGCAUGUACCCCGUGGUCAACUUCCUGGACCGACGCUCGACGCGCGACUACCAGAUCCCCGGCACGUCCGUGGUGCUGCCCAAGGACACUGGGGUGGUGGUGUCGGUGCUGGGACUGCACUACGACCCCAAGUACUGGCAGCAGCCGCACCGCUUCCUGCCCGACAGGUUCAGCGAGGAGAACUCCAAGGGCCGGCCCAACUACACCUACAUGCCCUUUGGCGACGGGCCCAGGCAGUGCAUUGGGAUGAGGGCGGGUCAGAUGCAGGUGCGUCUCGGCCUGGCGCACAUCCUCAGCAACUUCGUCGUCGGUCCCUCGGCGUACACGCGAGUCCCGCUGCCUCUGGACCCCAGGAACUUCAUCCGAAGACCAGAAGGGCCGCUGGUGCUCAGCUUCCAGCCUCUGGCGGCGCAGUGACGCGGCGUGUGCAGCCAGUGUUCCACGUGCAGCACCUGCACAAUUGGACCGCCACCGUGACAACUCACACGCCUAUCUUGCUUCAUAUGUUUUCACUUCGUUCUGCUUUCAACUUUCAUAGACCGGUGGCCUGAAAGGAACACUAAGGAAUUGCGAGGGACGUCCUCAUUGUAGCCAGGAAUACUUGUUAUCGAAGUCACAUGUACUGCUUCAUUAAUAACUACUGAAAUUACCCUCAUAGAACGUAGUCAUAUUCAGAACAUUAGGUAUGCCUAUCUACUGAAAGAGGUAAAUGCGUUUAGGAACUAUGUCGCAGUAGCAUAAUUUCAGUAGACAGUUAAACUGGCACUGCUGUGUAAACAUUACAUCAUAGGGCGGAAAUUAUUCUAGCCUGGGAGUUUAGGACUGUAAAUUGAACUAACUCCCAUUUUUUCUGUGAACCGUCUGAUUGCACUGUAUCGCUUUUCAAGAUCUCUCGAAUGUCGUUAACUAAAUCUGUUUUUAGAACAGACGGUAAGAGUAUUAUCGACGCAACAAAAUACUCGUUCCUCUGUGUACCAUCACGUGCAAGAAACUUUGUGUUGAUAACUUAAUUUGUUCAUGUAGUGUAUAGUUUAUACUUCGUGAACACUCUGUGCAUAGGAGACUGCUUAUAAUUGAAUUUUUGCCUAUCUUUAUGUCUCCCAGCGUGUUAAUGGUGGUAGAGAGUUUUGGAGGCAGUCUUCUGAUAUUAUUAACAGGAGACUCCUGUUACGGAAUGAGACACUCUUACUAUUACCUAUAUGCACCGGCUAAUUGCAUUUUUGUGAGCGACAUGGAGUACUGUUUACGUAGUUACAUUCAAUCACUAAAAUAACAAAAUAAUGUAUUUUUAAUAGGUACACGUUAUUUUUUUGUCAGUUCUCUGUGAUAAGAAUAAUGUAAGAGAUUGAAAAACUGAAAUAAAGCAAUUUUUCUUAAAAUG